AUGGUGGCAGCUGCGACCAGCAGUCUCUGCGAGGCGGCUAAUGCCUCUGUGCAGGGGCACGCCAGUGAGGAGAAGCUCAUCUCAUCCGCCAAGCAGGUUGCCGCGUCCACGGCUCAGCUGCUUGUGGCCUGCAAGGUGAAGGCUGAUCAGGAUUCGGAGGCCAUGAGGCGGCUACAGGCAGCAGGAAAUGCUGUGAAAAGAGCCUCAGACAAUCUUGUGCGUGCAGCCCAGAAGGCAGCAUUUGGCAAAGCCGAUGACGAUGAUGUUGUAGUGAAAACAAAGUUUGUAGGGGGCAUUGCUCAGAUCAUCGCCGCCCAGGAGGAAAUGCUGAAGAAAGAGCGAGAACUGGAAGAAGCAAGGAAAAAACUAGCCCAGAUCCGCCAACAGCAGUAUAAAUUCCUACCCACCGAGCUGAGGGAGGACGAAGGCUAAGGCCAGAACCAAGAGGGCGCACCCAAGGGGCCGGCCGCGCGAGAACUGGAUGGACAGCGGUCCUGAGGGGCCGGGCACCGCCCUGGAACUGCCCCCCCUCCCCCUGGGGUGAGCCGGGAGCCCUGAGCUCUCCUGCGCGCUCCCCUGUCCUGUCGGGCACCAGCUGCAUGAUGGUGAUGUCACGCGGUACAGUGUGUUCCACCCACAGCUCCUCUGCCAUCUCCCCCAACCCCGCCUCACUGUAUCUCAGGAGAGAGGGGCGCGGGUUCACGGACUGGUACCAAAAAGGAGGAGUCAGUAUUACAUCGUCCUCAGACACUCGCGCUUCUGUUGGUCCUUCUCUGGGCCUGCUGUGAAAUCUGAAUAGGAAAGAAAAAAAAAAAGGAAAACCAAACAGCUCGGGGGAAAUCCUUGAUGCCAUA